AUGAAUGAAGAGUUGGCCUCAACAGUGAUAUCAAGUCAUUUAGAGUCAGAAAAUAAUAAUUUGGAGUUACAAGUUGGUGAUGGACACCUUUCACCGCACAUUGAUGAUGAGCAGAUAAGUGGAAGCAGCGGGAAUGAUGUCGAUGACGAUAACGACGAUAAUAAUAGUGUCGGUAAAAUCGAUGAGCUAGAACUUCCCGAUCAUGAUUUUUCAAAACUUCUGGAUUUUGAUACAAAAAGUGAUGAUGCUCUGUUAUCCGCAGCUAAUGAUCUCUUAAAUGAAAGUAAUGGUGCAGAGAGUAAUUUAGACUCACAACAUACCGAUUUGAUUAAUGAGGAAGAUCAAGAUGUAGAGAUGAACGAUAGUAUAGAUGCGAAAGAAUCAACAGCAGAAUUGGUGAAACCAGAUAAAGAUUCCCCACAGUUUAUUAUAAAUGAGAAAAAUAAUUUGUUUAACAGACAAAGGAAAGACUCGUUGACUCCAAUUAUGUUUCAAAAGCACGAAUUACCGCCAAAAAAUUUUAGUCAAUUAAAUUCUUCGGAUCCACAAAAGAAUAGUGAGGAUAGCAAUGCCAUAAUAGAAGAACAGCCAACAAUAUCGGCAUAUGCAAGAUUAGAUUUCCAAAGUUUUACCUUUUAUGUUCAAACUCUGCAUGUAAUUAUUGGAAGAAGAUCUGAAAACGAUUUCACUCAUAAAGUCGACGUUAAUUUGGGCCCUUCAAAGUCAAUUUCUAGAAGGCAUGCUCAAAUAUUUUACAAUUUUGGAACAGGGAGAUUCGAAUUAUCAGUAAUUGGUAAAAAUGGUGCGUUUAUAGAUGAUGUUUUCGUUGAAAGAGGAAAUACUGUACCCCUACGAAAUAGAACUAAAAUUCAAAUUGGACAAAUACCAUUUCAAUUCAUCUUACCAGAGCAAGAAAAAGAUAAAAUACAGGAAUCUACAAAGCCUUCUCCUGAUAUACAAACUCAAAAGAUCAAGAAAGAAGAAACAAAAACUACAAAGAAACCAAAGAAAGCUACUACUUCUGUAAAUACAACACCAGUUAAGAAGGAAGCUAAAUCUAAGGUAACUGUAGAUAAAAUAGUACCAUCUAUACCAGAAACACCAAUUGCAUCUCAAACUACAUCAACAACUACUUCUCCAAAGAAAAAGAAGCAGAAACCAGCAGCUCCCAAGGAAAAGAAACAACCUAAACCGCCAAAGAAGGUUUACACCCUUAAUGAAAUUCCUUUAGAAUACAGAACAAAACCAACAUUUUCCUAUUCAACUUUAUUGACCAACUGUAUAAGAAAAUUUUCCACUCCUAAGGGAAUGUCACUAUCUGAAAUUUAUGCAGGAAUUAAAGAAUUGUAUCCAUAUUACGAAUAUUGUCCCGAUGGCUGGCAAAGCUCUGUAAGACAUAAUCUAUCAUUAAAUAAAUCUUUCAAAAAAGUUUCAAAAGAAGGUAAGGGUUGGCUCUGGGGUCUUGAUGAGGAAUACAUAGCUGAGAGAGAAAAGCAAAAGCAGAAACAGGCAGAAGCUGCUGCUGCAAAAGCACAAGCUGCUCAAAUGAAAUUGGAGCAGCAACAACAACAAAGAGCUAAGAAAGGAGGUGAUACUGUGACAGCCAGAAAAGGAACUGCAUCAGCAAAAACGAAUACGAAUAAAGGUCAAACUAUAUCGCAAACGCUAGCGGCUAAUAGGUCUACAGAUAAAAAGACAAAAUUAAAUGAUCAACAACGUACAAUGAAAUACUUGCAAGAGCAAUUAAUGAUAUUAACCAGUGAUAGAAAGGGCUUAUCUAAACCAGAUAUCGCUAAUAUUUUAACACAAGCAUUGGCAAUGACCAUCAAUCAAGUAACUCAAGCAGCAAAAACUAAGGGUAUUGCGGGAAAUCCGCUUACCGCAUUAAUGGAUAAGAAUCCACAGCAUCUAACUCUCAUUCUGGCCGCUGCUGUAAAUGCAGCAACAUCUAAAGUAACAAAAGGUAAAGUCAAGCAGCUAGUGACAAUGCCACCGCCUGCUUCAAUGACACCAAGUGUUUCUAAGGCAAAGGCAACUACACCAGCUUCUACAGAAACUGCUUCAAAGAAGAAGUCAACAGCAGCAUCUUCAAGUAAGACAGCUACAACCAAGGCAUCUACGGCUAAGGCAUCUGCAGCUAAGGCAUCUGUAGCUAAGGCAUCUGCGACUAAGGCAUCUGCAGCUAAGGCAUCUGCAGCUAAGGCAUCUGCAGCUAAGGCAUCUGCAACUAAGGUAACUUCAACGAAGUCCCAAUCCCCAUCAAUUACAAAAUCAUCGUCAACUACCAAAACAGCAGUUACGAAGACAACUGAUAGUUCUUUCGAUCCGUCUUCUUUAUCUAGAUUUUUCCAGCCUAAACAGCCGGCUAGAGUUCCAACUCCUCCAAUUGCCAAGCAAGUAGUUCCUCAAAAAAGGAGUUUGAGUGGUGAAUAUGAUGAUGCAACUGAUGACAGUAGCAGCGAAGACGAAUCUACUAGCAGUGAUGAUGAUGACGAUGAAGGUAGUGAUAAGGAUAAAAAUUCUGAUGGAAGCACCAGCAGUGAUGACGAUGAUGAUGACGACGAUAGUGAUAAUGAUAGCAGUAGCAGUGACAGUGAUAGCGAAGAAGAAACCAAGGAGGAAGAGAAAAAAGAUGUAGUUGGGUCAGCAUCAGGCCAAGGUGAUAAUGUAGACUCGGGUUUAAAGACAAAUACCGAAUUAAUGAAUUCAGCUGUUGAGGGUACUAUUUCUAAAUCAUCUAUUGAUGAAAAUAUUUCCGAAGUACUGACAACUGAUCAAACAGCGAAAAUACCCAUUUCCGAUGAUACAUCAAAGCCAUCAAUAAGCGACGAUAUUUCAAAUCCAUCAAUUAGCGAUGACAUUUCAAAACCUGUUGAUGCGAUUGUAGAAAAUUCAGUCAAUGUAGGGAUGGGAUCAGAAGCAAAUGCGGAUGAUGAAGAUGAUGGUACAAAUAUUGAAAAAUGGCAAUUUGAUAACCACGAAGAAGAGCCAACAUGGUCUCUUCCUCUUGUAACUGCAGAUGAAAUUGAUGCCAAGUUGGAUGUUGAUGUUGAUGUUGAUAUGGAUGUAGAAGUGGAUGAGAAGUCAUUAAGUUUGGAUGACAAGGUCAUGUCUGAGAUCAAUGAUGGCAUUUAA